CGUCCCUGCAGGGAACAGCUCGUUGGUCUAGUACCUGAGUUAUGAGCGGAGAUAUCCACCAUUUUCUGGUGGCAAGCAACUUCAGGACAUCAUGCCAUGAAACGGUACCAGCCCCAGCGUACCGAACACCGUAGGACCCACCUCUUGGUAUAGUCUUGCAUCUUUAAAAGGUUGUCGGUACUCCCUAGUAGUCUAUCAGCUUCACCGCGCUCUAUUGCUUCGCUUUACCUAACUCCAUCUUGAACUACACCUUACGGCCAACACCAUGGAUCGUGCCGACGAGCAGGCUCGACAAGACUCUUGCACUGGGGUUGCAACAGCGAUGACUGCUGUGUCGGUCAUCAUCGUAGCACUUCGAUUCUAUUCACGACAGAUCAUUGUUCGUAACUUUGGAAAGGACGACUGGAUGAUGCUGGUGGCAUUGAUCUUCACAAUUGGAUAUCUCGCUUGCAUAUACGUUCUUCGCGAAAACGGGAUGGGGUACAGUGGCAAUGAAUUGAAGCUGUCGCAAAUGACGAACAUGAUUACAACCACGCUUGGAAUCGAAAUCAUCUACUACAUCGUCGUCUACGCUAUAAAGACCUCUAUUCUGUUUUUCUAUCUUCGCAUCGCGGUUGAGAAAAGCUUUGAACGCGGCUGCAAGCUCACCAUCUGGUUACUGACAGUGUUUGUUGCGAUUUGCGUCAUCUGCUGUCUCACACAGUGCAUCCCUCUUCACAAGAUGUGGGAUUUUACCGGCUUAGUCAAUGGGCACUGCAUCAACACCACUGCUUUCUUCUAUUUCACUUCCUCGUUCAAUAUUGUCACGGACAUCUGGAUCCUUGCCCUGCCAGUCAAGACGCUCAUGUCUAUUCAGCGACCAGGGCGCGAAAAAGCUGCUCUCAUUUUCGUGUUCGGUCUCGGUAUCUUUAGUUGUAUUGCCUCUAUCGUCCGACUCCACUCGAUUCGCAUUUACACGGAGUCAAAAGACCCCUUCUACGACAGUGUCCCCAUCAACAUCUGGAGUAUGAUCGAAGUCAACAUUGGCAUCUGGUGUGCAUCUAUCCCCUCCCUCAAAGCGCUUUUCUUCAAAGCUCAGCGAGAGCGCACUCGCGGGACUGCGGGCUACAAGUAUCACACAUUUUACAAGCGGAGUUGCUUGUUCUACGAUAACCCGACUUGGCAGUAG